AUGUGGAGGCGUAACGCACGAACCGUCGUACCUCUGGCCAUCCUCGUAUACACACACAACGUGGCAGAGGUAGUGACAGACGUACCGACCUUUCGCAUCAUCGAGUAUGCCGUCUGCCAGCGCUUCUACCUCGGCGAAGGCCGAUCUGGCGAGAUCCCCGAGUUGGAGUGCAAGGCGGAGCCGAUUCAAAAGCAGGUUCUCUUCCUUCUUGGAUGGUUCUACGCCGUCGACUGCUUUCCCGGCAUCUUGACCGCGUUCAUCUGGGGCCAUGUGGCCGACAAGCUGGGACGGCGCUUCGUCAUGGCGCUCUCCUGUACUGGGCAGCUACUGUUCAUGGUGGUAUUGGUCUCUGUUGCGUACUGGAAUGACCGAAUUCCCACCGAAGCCAUCUUUCUGGCCCCGGUGAUGAAGGUGGUUGGCGGUGGCACGCGCAUCUUUGAUUCCAUGACCACCUCCGUGGCCGCCGAUAUCACGACCGUGUCCCAAAGGACCAACCUAUUUUACGCACUGGCAUUGCUCAUGUCCAUAGCCAACGUCACGGCACCACCGUUCGCAUCCUGGACGCUGUCUGUGAAUCUAUGGCUUCCCUUUUGGCUGUCUGGCGCUUGCUUUUGCGUCGUGUUUGCCAACAUCAUCGUGAUCCCGGAUACACGACGAGUUUUCAAGGCAGGGAACGGCCCUCCGGAGUCGCAGGCGUUGCUGAAUGAGGAGUCCUUGCGCCGUGAUGUGCUGGAUCCGCAGCCUGGCGUGUUGCUGGACGAGAAUGCGACGGAUCGCCCAGGGGCACAAUGGUACGACCGGUGGCGUGGUCCUGUGCACAAGAUCCUGCAACUGACAAAGUCACGAACCGUUGUGAUCUUUUUGUUGUGCUCUGUCUUGCGGAAAACCGCCAUCUUCAGCGAGAACUUUUUUGUGCAAUACACCUCGGAGCGAUUCAAGCUGCGCUACAGCCAGACUGCCUGGUUUGAGGGACUCCAAGCGGCCGGCGCCAUGCUGUCCCUCGGCGCCAUCUUGCCCGGCGCCGCACACCAUCUUCAACGCCGGCUCGGUUCGCCAUGGAAGGUCGACCUGACGAUCAUGCGCAUCAGCCUCGCUGUCAUGGCCUUGGCAUAUAUGUAUUUGUUGCCGGACGAAAUGGAAAAAAUCAACAGUGGGAGGUGGACGGCCAAGAUUGUCAAUCUGUGGCGACCUCUCGCCGUGGUGCGCAAUGCACCACUCGUCAUCACGGACAAACGCACGGUGCCGCAGGACGACCUCAUGGAGGUCGAGAAAGUCCUGCCGGACAAGGUCGAGCGCAGCAACUACGUCCAGUACAAGGCCUAUCACCAGUACUACUACAUGUCCAACCAAGGCCCCGAAGACGUGGCCGUGUUUACCACGUGGCAUCAGACCAAGGGCGACAAAACAGCGGAGAUCUCCCCGCAUAGGGCCGCCAGCCAAUUCACCGACGACUUUAUGAAGAGCCCGAGGGAGAGCAUUAAAGUGCGCCUGAUUGUCUUGACGGAUGCGCAAGAGACGAAAUAG